AUGCCGACAUCCAAACGUCCAUCGUCUCGCGCCGCAGAGUCCGAGCCCGACCCAAAACGAGUCGAGACAGACCAGACGAACAACACCACAAAUGAUAAUGAUUCAGGAUCAGAAACACCAGAUGAAGCCACCUUGGAGGCUCUCGAAAACGAAUUCGAACCCUACGAAUACGUCUGCCUCAACAUACCACCCUAUGGCCGCGACACAGAUGAAGACGACGAAGACCAAGAUCCAGAAGAAAACUCCGACGACGACCUCCACAAAAAGCCCGCCUCGGAACAUCCAGAUCACAAAUUCAUCAUCCCCUGGUCCGCCUUCAAGAAAUACCAUGAUUACUGCCGUUUCGCCACAUAUGUUGAUCCGGAUGCCUUUGACAUGUACAUUUACAACGACUACCAAGCCUACGGCACAAUUCAGCUGGUCGAGAAUGCCUACAGCUCCACGACCUCGACAAAGCAGUAA